AUGGAUGUGGCUUGUGAAGAGCAGAAAGAGAAAGAGAUCAGAUUUAACCUUUGCAUAAGUCCAAAUGUUUCCUCAUCAUCCCCCUAUGAUUCUUUUUUGGCUCUGCUUUUCAAUCUUCUUCACUUUAUUGGUGAAUGGGUCCUCAAACUAACUGCAGCAGUUUCCAUCAACACUCAAGGGUUAUUAUUCUCAAAGCAACCUCACGUUACUCAUCUCAUUUUUGCCCUCCUAACAACUCAGGCCACACCGCUUCUCAUGACAGACUUUCGACUAUGUGUCUGCUAUUUCAAAUUCACAAAGCUGUAUCUUCAGUCCUUAUCCCUGAAUGUCAAUGGUGCACUGACUCUGGAGCCCAGCUGCCUUACCUUGGAGGAGGUUUUCCAGUGGUCGCAGUCUUUCGACAAGCUGAUGAGCACUAAACAUGGUCCGGUAUUCUACGGCGCCUACUUGAAGACAGAGCACAGCGAUGAGAACAUUAAAUUCUGGACGGCCUGUGAAACCUACAAGAAAAUCUCCUCACGGAAGGGAAGGCUCUCUAAAGCCAGGAAGCUUUACAAAAUGUAUAUUCAGCCCAAGUCUCCCAAAGAGAUAAAUAUUGAUAGCCCGACAAGGAAAGCCAUCGAUCAGAAUAUUCAAGAGCCCACCGAGGCGUGCUUUGACGAAGCUCAGAAAAUUGUAUACCUGCAAAUGGAGAGGGAUUCCUAUCCCAGGUUUUUAAAGUCAGAAAUUUACCAAAAACUCUUCCAGGGCCUUCAGGCUGCCAGCUUUUGUGAAUAA